AUGCCUCUGUCUCCGUACGGCCCUUUGCCACCGCCCGUGGCAAGAUACCGUCCCUUCCCCUCCGACAGCUACGAAGUCGUCUCCUCCGCUCCGACACCUCGGCGCAGGUCGCCAUCUCAUGAUCUCAUGUCCCCUAUCACCACACCAGGCUCCAUCGGCUUAAGACGACGUGGUCGUCAGGCAACAGCGUGCACCGAGUGCAACCGUCGUAAGCAACGAUGCGACGGUGUGCAGCCAUGCCACCACUGUGCGAAGCGCAACGUCCCCGAAGCGUGCCGUUUCCCCGAAUCCUCAGCACCGCGACCGGCGACGGCCAUCUCGUUGCCACCGCAUGCGGCGCACCACCAUCCCUACUUUUCACCUCCGAGUGAUACAGAGAAGAAGCGAAGGCUCAGCGACGAUCCGCACCUGACCCCCAAGCCAGUCCUUCUACCCCCGAUCACGCCGAUCGCCAUGGGCAGGACGGCGAGCAUGCACAGCGUGCACAGUGUGCACAGCGCGCACUCGUUGCAAUCGCUGUCGCAGAUGUCUUCUGGCCGAUCCGUCCCAACCCUCUCGCCCAUGCCUGCUGCUUCCCCGGAUCGUGGUGGCGACGACGACAUGCGGCCCAGCCCUGGAUAUCGCGCCUACAGACCUUGGUCGCGCCCGCACCUCCCAACGCCCGGGGGAAGCUUCGACGGCCAUGGGCCGCCCGCACCAUACCGCCGCGACCAGUACUUUGCCGUCCAGCAGCCUCUCUCAUCGGAGAGGCACGAAAUUCGAACUCCGCCACCUGCCCCCGACACCCGCCGUGCCUCAGACGGUUCCGACUCGAGCGGGAACUGGCGUCCACCUCCGCCACAGGGGCCACAGGCGGACGGAGAUGUGCUCAUGCAAGAAGGUGGAGCGCAGGGCUUCGGCAGUCUGGCGCACGAAGGAGCAGGCGAAGAGCAUAGCCCCACAGCUGACGACCAGGGGGACGGAACCACGCUCCUGAACGGCGCGUCCGCGGAGGAGCUCGUGUCCCCGCUCGAGGAAGGUGCGCCCGAGGCGCUCCUCGAGCAGAUCCGACAUGUCGACAGCCAGCUUCCGCGGCGCUCCCUGUGCGAGCGUUUCGUCAAGGCGUUCUUCGACCUGAACAACUCGUGGAUGGACAUUCUGUACGAGCCCGACUUCAGUGGCAAGUACGCCGACCUGUGGCGAAUCCGAGGCGAGUUCGAGGAUCUGGGGCGGAUCGAUCUGCGCUGGCUCGCGCUGUUCCAGGUCGUGCUUGCUUUCGGUGCCCUGCUCAGUGCCUCGACGCCAGAGGAGGAGAAGGAGUUUGCGGCGAUGAGCUCGCGAUUCUUCGAUUGCGCUCGCCGCGCACUCAGCGAGGCACCGACGUACCGUGGCGAGAGCAUGGAUACUGUCAGAGCAUACGCGCUGAUUCCAUGUCGACGGGCAAGUGUGGAACCUGCCGCCGAAGGAGGCCGAACUCCGGCGUCGUCUCUGGGCUCGCCGCCCGCUUGCGAUCCAAGACGCGAGUUUCACAACGCGCAUGCCGGCCAACCUCUCCGACGAGGAACUGACGCAGCGCGUCUCGCACCCCAUCACGGUGACGACCAAGUCCACCUUCCUGAUUCUGCACUUCCGCCUCGCGCAGAUCAUCGGCAUCAUCCUCACGCAGUGCUUCGGCCUGACUCCACGCCGCCACGACGCGGUGAUGCACUGCGAGUACCUCCUGCUCGAGUGGGAGGGUGCGCUCCCGCCCGCCUUCCGGUUCCAGAACCCCGACACGUCAGCCGACGCCACGCACCCGUGGCUCCGGCAACAGCGCCAGACCCUCGUGAGCAAGUUCCACCAGGCGCGUAUCUCCCUGCACCGGCCGUAUCUGCUACACGCCGGCUUUCCGCAGAGCCGCAUGGCGACGACAAGGACCCCUUUGACCGGUUCAAGUGGAUGGUCGUGGCCAGCGGCUUUGCGCCAGCGUGCGUGCUCGGUCUCCUGCUCGCGCGCAAGCAGCGCGAUUGCGAGUACAACUACCGCGAGAUCCGGAAGCUGUUCGUCGCGUACCUGGACGCGGAGAAGGCGACGCAGCGCCGCCUCGACCGGCACUUGCGCUCCGAGCUCAUGGUGCUGGACCAGAUGCUGAGACAGGCGAAUGAGAUCGACCGAUUCCUGCAGCGCACGUCGCCUGUGAAAUCCGAGCCGUCGCGUCAACUCCCCGACCCCGCUCAACUCGAUUCCGAGUCGAGCGACGAGGACGCCGGGCCGGCCAGUGUCGGUGCCACCGGGGACAGGCCUGAUCCGCUCGUCAGCAGGGCCGUGAGCCGCGCACAUUCCCCGUUCUUGACUCUGGGCCAGGAGUUCUCACUCCCACCCCCAGCGCUCCCGUUACAGUAUCCCGCCCUCCAGGGCGAGAACAGCGAUACACCCACGCUCGCGCCCAUGUUUGACGAGUGGCCCGCCCCGUGGGCCCUCAGGCCGCCCAGCGACCCCACCGCCACCUUCCCCGCCGCCAACGAUAAGGCGAGCUGGGACCGGCUGCUCGAGAUCAUUGGCCCGCCGCCCGAGCCUGAGCCGUGGUACGAUGAGCAGGUCGUUGUUGCGGAUACAUAG